AAAACAGUAAAUAAAAUAUUAAUACUAUGAACUUCAAACUGUAUAUUAUUUUGUUGAUAUCCUUCAUCUUAAUUACAUAUGCCGAACUAACUGGUAAAGAGGCUAUACAAAAGGCUUAUGAAGUUGCUUUAGAUUUCUACGAGACACCUGAAGAAGAAGAUCUUAAAUUAGAGAGUUUUAUUGAUUUUAUUGGUGAAGAAAAUAGCGGGACUGUAAAAGAUUAUUUGGACAAUAAUUCAGAAGAAGCAAAAGACAAGGACAAUAUAAAAUUAGAACUUUUUACGAAACUUCUGGGAGCAGUUGGCUUAAAAUACAGUGUUUCUGUCAGAGAUAUGGUUUCAUUAGUGUUGGUAGGACGAAAUUUUAAUAAUAUGGCUCGUUACAUACAGGCUACACGCAUAUCCGUAGAUUAAAAAUAUAUAGAGCUGGAACA